AUGGAUGACACGAGGCUGAUCGUGGAGGUCGAGAAGCACCAAGUGCUUUAUGACCCAAGAAACAGAUACUACAAGGACCUGUCUUCCAAGGAAAAAGUCUGGGAUGAAAUUUCUUCUGCUAUUUCUGCAGAUGAAAGGGAGAGAACGUUACAAAUAAAACUUAAGGAGCUUGAAGAACAGCUACCCAAGCCAGACACUCUUAAGAGAAAGAGUAAACCUUCAAUGAAACUCCUAGAUGUGAGAGAGGAACCAGCAGCUAAGAAAAAGGGACAGCUCACAGACCUACCAAAUGAUCUAAAGUUGUGGAAUGAAAGAAAAAUUGAACAUCUACAGCGUGUGAUAAAUCAGCUGAGAGAAGAAAACAUGAAUCUAAAUAAAGAAAAUGAGAGGCUGAAAAAUGAAAUACUUAAAAAAAUCCCACCUCUCCUUCUGGCUACAGAGCACUUACUCCAGGAGCCCAUGAAAUCAAAUGCAGAUGCCCCUGACAUGUUCAUGAUGUCAAAGACUCCAUCUCAUGUUCCCCUCUCACAUGCUCCUAAACCUGUGGAAUCAAAUGCAGAUGUCCUUGAUGUGCCGAAGGCUCCAUCCACUGCUUCUCUGUCUGCUAAAACUGAACUGGGCUAA